AUGUAUAAGCCUUUUGACCUCCGAACAGUGAUCAUGAUCAGCAUUGGUGGUGGGAUCCUGGCAGCCAUGUUUCUACUGAUAGUUCUUGUGCUCUGUCUUUACUCCAAAAUCUCCAAGGCACUGAAUUCAUCUGGAACCGCAAGGGAGGCAGAUGAUGACUGCUUUAUUGAUCCAUACAACAACCCCCAUGAGAAGAUCAUCCGGGCUGAGGCUUGUCAUCCCUUCCCGGCCAGCACAGUUGCUGUUGGGAACUGCCAUCCCCUCCAGUGUUGUAAUGCAUAUGGUGUCUAUGCAGAUGUUAGCUCUCUGCCACCUUGCCUUUGUAAUAGUGUAAAGGAAGGACUCUGA